AUGAUUCUAAUCAAACACUUAGCAGCACGAACGGAGAGCAGCAGCAGCAGCGGCAGUAGCAGCAGUGCGCUGUGUGUGCGCAGGUCAAAGAAAAUUCUGUAUUUGGAUUCUCUCCGUAGCGACGAAGACGCCGUGAAGUGA